AUGACUUACGAAUGGAAUAAAAAUAGAAUAGAUGAUAUUGUUAACGAAGCCAUGGAAUACUCUUGUCAAGAAUCAAUUAUUGAAAAUAAGAAACAGGAAGUUUUCAUGGAAAAUAAAUUGAAAGAAUAUAUCACAGAAAUAAAUGAUAAUUUUGAUAUUGUUGAACCACUCAAUUUUAACGAGAUUAAAGAUGGUCUUGAUCCUAAAAUCAUAUGGAUGUUUCUCAUCAUCAUGCGAGUAACUUAUCAAGAAUUAUUAAAAUUAAAUACCAAUAAGAUUGAAAGUAGAAAUUAUUAUAUGGAUGAUUACAAUGCAAGAGGUGGAUACGAAGGAGCAAGAAGAAGAAAUCAAAAAAGUUACAAUGCUUGGUAA